CAUGUUCGGAAGUUUAUAGAACCGCCAUUGCUAUUAAGUAAUCUGACAGCGAUUCGACGAAAUCAUUUCUAUUGCUAAAAUUUUGUGAGUCUGGUGUGCCUUCUCGAUAGUAAUACGUUUAGUCUGUGAUUCGUGACCAAGAAUCGAAAUCGGAAACUGAUCGAAGCAGGAACAGGCAUCAACUAGUUCGACCUUAAAAGUCAUUUGUCGUUCAUCGUAUAUUUUAUAGACGAAAAUCUGUGAUAAUUCCAGAACGCAUACUUUCAACUAUAAUAACAUGUCGGAUACAAGACGACGACGAAAAUCUAAUCAGUCUUGUGGUUCUGACGACCUCUCGGACUCUUGUGAAGAAUUAAAUGCAACAAAAGAAACCCAGAGCAGUGAACAAACUGAUGGUCAUCAAGAUUCAGAAUGUGAAAUUUAUCCUUCUGAUUCUGAUGCUGAAUCUCAAGAUGGUGCAUUGCGAGAAAGUGGUGAUGGCCAAGAAGAAGAAAAACCACAAAAAAAAUUAGAUGAUGAUGAAGACAGACGUAAUCCACAAUAUAUUCCUAAGAGAGGAACAUUUUAUGAACAUGAUGAUAGAACAACUGAUGAAGUAAUAGAUAGUGCUGCUGAAUCACAAAGUGAAAGAGAAACCAAAGAAAAAAAAGUAUGGAAAGAUAAAGAAGAUAGGUGGGAUCAUGAUCGAUAUAAUGAUGAAGAGCAAGCACCAAAAAGUCAUGAAGAAUUAAUAGCAGUUUAUGGUUAUGAUAUAAGAAAUGAAGAAGGUCCACCUAGAGCUAGAAGAAGAAGAAGAUAUGGUCGUGGACCUAAUAAGUAUACACGUAAUUGGGAAGAUGAGGAUGCAUAUGGAAAACCUGGGAGUAAUAUUCUAAAUAGGAAUAGAAGAUUUAAUAGAAGUGGUGAAGAUUUUCCAGCUCUAGGAACAAAUAAAAAUGCUUCUGCACAUGUAGAAGAACCAGUAAUCUCUUCAGCUUGGUACAGCAGUAAAAAUAAAUCACAAAAUAAAGUACCAAAUUUUCCACCUCUACAAACUCAAAAUGAUACAAGCUCAAAAACGAAGUCUAGCCAUACAUCUACUACUCAUACAAAUGAAAAUAAAGCUCCUAAUGAACCUACAAAUCCAGCUUGGAAAAAAGAUACUAAACAUUCACCUCAUACACAAAAUAGUAAUGGAAAUAGUGGAGCUGGUGGUGAUGCUGAUAAAUUAGUUAAUACAAAAACCUCUCCAAGAGAUAAUAACAAGAGGAACAUUCAAGAGUCUGUAAGCUUGGCAGCAAGUAAAACUCGUGGACGAGGAUUCAGAACAAAUGCUAAUAACAAUAUGGUCACCAAUAGAACAAUUGAGACUAAACCAAAGGGACGUGGAGCGGGUCCAAUUUCCACAGAGAAUAAAAGAAAUAAUAUACGAAGUGAUGAUGAACAACAAAUUACUCAUGAUAUGAAACAUAUUAAUGUUAAUGAUAGUGCUCAAUAUCAUCAAAGUGGAAGACAUAAUAAAAGCUUUUAUGGGCAAUCCUCAAAUCAACAGAGGACAGGAACUGUACCUCCAAGAAUGCAACAACAAUCUCAUUCACAACAACAACAACCACAGCAACAACAACAACAGUCAAUUCAACAAGACAGUUCUGCUAAUAGGCCAAAACGUUAUUCUAGUUUGCGACAGCGACCUACUAUUUCAGAUAAUCCAGGUCAACAAAAUUAUCCACCACAACAUGGACAACAUAAUCAACAUAGUCAACAUAGUCAACAUAGUCAACACAAUCAGCAUAAUCAACAUGGACAACAUGGCCAACAUGGUCAACAUGGAUAUUUUUCUCCUCAAGCUGGAAAUUCAAGAGGUGUUUUAGAUUCACAAGGAUAUCCUCAAAGUCAUUUUGAACAAUCUACACCUGUUGCUACCGCAACUGCACCUUUGGCUGGACAACCUGUGAUUCCUAUACCACCUAAUGGUCAACCUGCUAGUUAUGCUCCACCACCAUUUUUAGUACCACCACCGCAAUUUAUUCCUCCACAAACUCCAGCUAGUAUAAUUAAUUAUGUUUCUGGUCCAAAUGGACCAGCAUUUCAACCAAAUUAUCAAGGUUAUCAAGGCUAUAGUCCACCAGUACAGCCACAGCGUCCUCCACCUCCACAAGAAUUGUUCCAACCGCAAGGUUGCACUUAUUAUAGUCCAGCUCAACAACAACAACAAUCAGCUCCAAUGAGACGGCCAAAGGCGGCUAUUCCUAUUCUUCCACCACCUGAAAAUCAACAACACCAAACCGGUCGAGGAAGAGGUAGAAGCACACAGCCUCAACAAGUGAAUCAACCUGGUAGUAUACAACAGACUGAACAAGAAGUUAAAACUAAUUCGGUGGAAGAUGAUCAGAAGAUUAUAUCAGAACAAUUUGAUAAUAUGCAAAUCGAACAGCCUACGUCAGAUGUUCAAGAAACACAGAAAAUCGAAGAUUCGAGUGUAAUAAUGAAUACUGUGGUUGAGAAUACUGAAAAAGAGAAUAUUAAAAAUAUCGAACCUGAAGCUACUGUGAAUUUAGAAAAUACUACUGCGGAUCAAUUAAAUGAUAUAAGUGCUAAUGACUCAUCAAAAGUCAUUAUAAAUGAACAAGAUAUUAUUCCACUUAAAACUACGCAAGUAAUAAUUGAAGAGACUAAAAAUGAUUCAAAUAAAAUUGAAAGCACUACGACUGAAAUUACUGCUGUUGAAGAAACAGCAGCUUGAGAGAACAUCGCACAGCGUGUAACGUAUCUUACAAAAAACGUAAUUGUUACAUUUCGUGAGUAUGAGUAUGCAUAUAUUAUAAUGCUGUGUAAUUUUAUUGAAGUCUGUAUAGCAAAAUGAUCUUCACGAAUUAUUUGUGAAAUAUUAUAGGAAUUGGAUGUGUGCGUAUCUAAAACAUAUUUUGAAUGACUAUCUAAUUCCAUUAUAUUGUUGUAUAUUUCGUAGUUUACAUUUGUAUUAAUGUUUCACUACGAAUUCCAUCAAUCUGCUGCUAUCAUUAAAUAUCAUUCUUCUAUAUUGUUAAACUCUUUUCAUAUAUGAAAUCUACUAAUAAUUAAUUAGUAGAAACGAUUAGUGUUAAACAUAUUAUUGUAUAUCGAGUAUUAACGCAUGCAGCAUUGACUGAUGAAAUCAUCAAUAAAUCGAUAUAUCUUUUUAAUACAAUGGCUACUGUAAAUAGGAUAUAGUCAGGUCAGUAACCUUAAUACGUGUUAUGUCUUUUGUGUACAAAUGAGUUUGUACCGUGAUUUAAGUAAAUGAUGAAUGAAUGGAGUACAUUUAUUAGGUAAAGAAUUACUUAAUGCUUUAAUUUUAUUUACAUUAGGACAGCAAAAAAAAUCUUCGAUCGCAUAUAUUAUGAAGAAAUAAUCGUUAUAUAAUUUAGUAUAUCUUAAAAUCUAAUUAAGACAAAAUUGAUACUAACUAUAAAAUUUAUCAUUUAUCCAUUUUAAUCGACUUUUCAUAAUAGCUUCGAAAGGUUGAUAUCGCGAUAAUUUUUUUUUUUUAAUACGCUUAUAAAAAUAUGCUUUGUUACUGGCAAGGUGAAAUGGAAAGAUAAUAUAUUGAUAAGAAAUUUUUCCA